AUGUCCGGCCCGCUCGACCGUCGAGCCCUAGAGGGCAUGAAGCGAGUGGACCUCCAGAAACUUUGCAAGGACCACGGGAUAAAAGCUAACCUCAAGUCCGAAGCACUUGUUGACCUCUUACUAGAUACACAACAACCCCGAAGACGUCCCGAACCGCAGCGAACGCGGAUUCCAUCAUUGAGGGUCGUCAGUCGGUCAACGGCCGGAUCACGCCCACGAGGGACAUCUUCCUCCUCGGUCAUUAUCCAUGACUCUGACGAGGAGGAAGGACAUGAUAGCGAAGAUCAGGAAGAUGCGCACCUCGUGCCUGAGCCUCAAACAGCAUUCCCCCGACAAAUUCUCCCGUCUGUUCCCCUCACGCGGAAAGCGAAACAAACACAGUACAGACUUGGCGUCGGACGACCAACUCUUGCUGGAGGCAGCGGCGCGCGGGCGGUGACCAGGUCGCUUAGUAUACCGAAGGCCCGAGUCAAGGUGAGUAGAAGCGUGAAACCGAAGGAGGAUGCAAUACAAGAAGAGGAUGAAGGACCUCCUGCUUCUAUCGCUGGUCCCUCGAACACUGCUCAUGAACAGGUUGCCUUAUCACAGGGCGCUGAGCCAGAUGCGACUCGGGUAUCAUCGUCUCACCUGAUGUCCGAGUUCAAGACUCAGACAGAAGAAAUAAUUCAGCCGCUCAAGGAUCAAAUUCAGGCACUUCAGGCUGAAUUGCAACGUCUCACAGCAGACACAGCCCAAAUUACAACACUGAGAAAUCAAGUGGGGGAACUAAGUGCUGAAGUCGAUUCCUUGCGCGCGAAAAUGUCCCAUAUGACAGAACUUGACACCAACAUCCAGAGACUUCGAGACAGCAUACAGGCAUCAGAAGCGGCACCCAAAUCACAACCAUCCACGAAAAGUAUGGGGAAAGCUCGUGCAGUUGAUGCAGGCCCGACGGUGGUGGCUACGAUACCAUCUCAGCUAGCAAAUGCAUUGGAUAACGUUGCUUCCACACCCGUUGAUGCUUCUCAGCCACCUCAUAAGGCCACAGCUGCGAUGAUGUUGGGAAAGCGCCAUAGAGAGACUGAUGACAGCCAUAUCACUGGGACUUUUGAGGAUGGCCAGCAAGGAGAACUAAGCGAGAAAGAAUUGGCGGAAAAGGUACCAAGGCCAACGAGAAAGCGAGCAAAAUUGGGCCCCAAGGAUACGGGGCGGUCGCACUCGUCCUCACGUCAAGCUACUCCUGUUCAAGAAUUACCUGAGACCGAAGAGGUCGAUGCAGAGCUCCUAGUGGUUCCGAGUGCUCCUGCGUUUACUAUCUUCAGCGGCCCUGAAGAACCUCCAGAUUCUUACGUUGACCCUCCUCCACCUACAACCCACCUUUCCGAUCUGUUCGGCCUAACACCAGGCACAGCUGGUCCUACCACAAGUACUGCCAACGCGAACGAGAACGCGCAACAGGCUGCACCCUUCUCCUUUAACUUCACGGACAUGGCAUUUCAUCCCGUCACAUCAACGCCUGCUGGUCCCUUCGGACUUGGAAUGCCCACAUUCUCCUACCCGGAGCCCCCUACUUCACCAACGCCGGGAGCGAGCACGUUGCCCAGCGGAGGCUAUGUCGAGCGCGCAGGUGGGCGCAGAGAACGGAAUGAUCUGUUUCACCCGCACGGCGCGCCCCGACGACCACCAUCGGCAACUGGCAGUCGCCCGGCGCCGCAGGUAUCGCGUUCGCAAGCUGGUCCGAGUUCAGCCACGGACGAUGGACACUUCAUCCCUGCGAAAUUCACACAGCUUCUGGCCCCAGUGACAGAGUCCGAUGCAGAACACAGUCAGGAUGCGACAAUAUCUAGUAAUGCCAUCGGACAGGGAUUGGGGAUGUCCUCGAUGCCACUGCCACCAGAGACGCCGGCGCCUCCCAUGAAGCGGACAAUGUACGGGACAGAGCUCGAAGGAGACACCCGGUUUGGGGACUUUGGUGUGGAAGGAAUUGCUACGGGCUUUUGGACUGGGGUGGUGCCGCGCUUUUGA